AUGACAAUCGCCUGUUUGCUCCUUUUGAGUAAUAUUACAUGCUUCGCAUUUUCCAACAAAGUAUCAUCAAGUUCUACUAGACGACUCUCACAACGCACAAAUAGUGUGUUAGUCAAGGCCACAACAUCCGAAGCUGGUCAACGAAAACCAUGGGAAUUUUUUCGCUUUGUCCGCCAAUCUUCUAAAUUCAUCAAUGUUCUUCCCCGAAAAACGUCCAAACGAGUUGUCCAAGCAGGGGAUCUCUUGUGGACCCCCGUCGACACCAACAAGAGCUUUGAUUUUGCGCCUUUGGACGAUGUGGUCAUGGGUGGGGCAUCCUCUUCCACAUUUGAUGGAGCAACAGGAAAGUGGGUUGGUCAAGUGACAGAUGCCAACAGUGGUGGAUUCAUUGGCAUUCGAUCCACACCAGGCGUCGAUUUGGACAUGAGCCAGUGCAAGGGCAUUGAAGUCAAACUAUCGAACUUGAACAAGAAUCAAAAGUCACUUCGACUCAAGGUUGUGAUGCGAGACUCGACGGAAUUCAAUGGAAUCGCUUGGACGACUAGCAAGAGUUUAUCGGGACGAAGCCUGAAGAUUCCCUUUGAUCAGCAGGCACCAACACUGUUCGCAAAGACUGUCGAAUCAGAGCCCUUUCAAAAGGAUCAAGUCAAAACUAUCCAGCUGGUCUAUUCCAAGUUUGAAUACGACGGUGCAUUGAACCCAACCUUUGUGACUGGCGACUUUGCCUUGCAGGUAGAAGAGAUUCGAGCCUAUUGA